CAAGCAACACACCCUUGUCAUUAAUGGAGGAACAAUCCAUAGUACGACACAUCCGUACCUGACAACCGGCUGGGUUUAAACGCUGGAACUGCUUUAUGGACCUUCAUCCCUUUCACUUUGAGUUGGAACGAGUCAAGUCCAUAAAGCGGUAAACGAACAAUGACUGCUCUUUCUGACUGGCUUCGUAUUUUUGUUUGAGUGCGGGGGUUCCCAAUCGGAAUUGGUGUCUUUCCAUCCAUUUCCUCGGACUUCACCGUGGCUUUUGGAGGUGCCUAUAUAAGCACUUCAUGAACCUUCCGUUCCUCCUCAAGCGACACAAAUCCGGCACCGGGUACUGGCUAAAUGGACAGAAAAGGAUCGGAGCUUGAUCUACCAGGUUUCAGGUUUCAUCCGACCGAGGUGGAGCUGUUGGAUUUCUACCUCAGAAGUGAAGUGCAAGGGAAGAAACUUAACUUCGAUAUCAUCGGCAGACUCAACAUCUACCACUAUGAUCCAUGGGAGCUCCCAGGUCUGGCGAAGAUAGGGGAGAGGGAGUGGUACUUCUUCGUGCCCAGGGACCGGAGGAUCGGCAGCGGUGGACGGCCCAACCGGACGACAGAGCGGGGAUUCUGGAAGGCGACGGGUUCGGACCGGCCGAUACGGAGCGUGGCGGACCCGAAACGGCUCAUCGGGUUGAAGAAGACGCUGGUGUUCUACCGGGGCCGGGCGCCUCGGGGGACCAAGACCGACUGGGUCAUGAAUGAGUACCGCCUGCCGGAGAGUUUCUCAUCUACUUCCACCGCCGCUUCUGCCAAGGAAGACCUGGUGCUAUGCAAGAUCUACAGGAAAGCAACGUCAUUGAAGGAGUUGGAGCAAAGAGCAGCCUCAGAAGAAGAGACGACGAGGGAGUCCCAGAUUUGCCGGUCCGUCGCCGACACCACGUCCAUCUCCAACCAAGACAACAACCGGAGCCCCUCCUUCCCUUCCGAGUACACAGAUGCCAAGGAGGCGGAGCCGGCGAAGGAUGCAGAGGUCACUUCGACGACAUUUCGAUCGGUGAACCUGCCGGAGCUGCAGGUUCCCAUGUACAGCUUCGACUGGUUGCAGGACCCGCUCCUGGCGCAGCUGCGCAGCCCAUGGGUGGAUCAAUGGUCUCCUUUUGCCAACACUCUCUACUUCUAAAGUGUUACUGCAAACCUGCAUCACAAACAUAAUGAGAGAUUGGAGAGUGUUGUUUUUGUUCUCAUUUUGUGCAGUUGGUGUUAGUGUUGGAGUAAGUGUGAAUUGUUGGCUUCAGUAUAGAGAAUACGAACUGCUGGUAUUGCUUUCUCCUA